AUGUGGCCAGCUGCCGACGCGCCGUGGUGCCCCUACAAGGUGCUGCCAGAAGGCCCUGAGGCGGGUGGCGGCCGCCUCUGCUUCCGCAGCCCCGCACGCGGCUUCCGCUGCCAGGCGCCAGGCUGCGCGGCGCACGGUUCCGCCGGUCACUCGCUGCGCGCCAGCGUCCUGCGCAACCGCAGCGUUCUGCUGCAGUGGCGCCUGGCGCCCUCCGAAGCGCACCAUCUGCGCGGCUUCGCGCUCAAUUGCUCGUGGCGCGGCGCCUACACGCGCUUCCCGUGCGAGCGCGUGCUCCUCGGCGCCUCGUGCCGCGACUACCUGCUGCCCGACGUGCACGACGGCGUGCGCUACCGCCUGUGCCUGCAGCCGCUGCCACUGCGCGCCGCGCCCGAGGCGCCCCACGCGGCCGCUGCACCUGCCACACCACCGCCGCUUGCGCCCGCGGAGUGUGUGGAGUUCGCCGCCGAGCCAGCCGGCAUGCGGGAGAUCGUGGUGGCGAUGACAGCGGUGGGUGGCUCCAUCUGCGUAAUGCUUGUGGUCAUCUGCCUGCUGGUGGCCUACAUCACCGAGAACCUCAUGCACCCGGCCUUCGGGCGCCCUGGGCUACGCAGGCAGCCCUGA